GCCUCCCAACUGAUUAAUUACAUUCACUUCAUUAAUUCAGUUCAGUUUGUUUUUUCAGUUUAUCCCCCUCCCCUUCCUUACCCCCUCCCAUCUCUGAAAAUUUCAUUACAAACAGGUGAUCCAGGGUGACAAUUUUUAGAUAAUUGUGAGAAAAAAGUUGAAAAUAAGGUGCAAGUGCAGUGUGGUGAAAAGUGAAUCCGAUAUUUAGGUAGUAAUGCAGUUGAUGUCACGAGUUUCUAAUUGGAUGUUUCAAGAGCGGAGCGAUAAAUGACACGCACUUUCGUCAUUGUCACCAAAGCUGUUUCCGUGGACCGUGGAAAAAAGUUCUCAUGUAGGUCAACGAUGCGUGGACCUGGAUCGAUCUUGGCUUUCUUGGUUUUGGCUGCCAUCUUAAAGAUAGCAGAUUCCAAUCAAUGCCUCACCAAAUUGGAAGAUGUGCAGCCAAAACGAGUCAUUCAUUAUGACGCGAAGAUACUGAGUAUUAAUUUUGAAGUAUCUCGAAGAUUAACUCAGAGACUGAGUACGAGAAUAAUGAAAAUUUUCCUGGAGGAGGUUUUGGGAUAUCCAGAUAUCAGGAUAAUUGAAAACGAUGAUCUUUUUCGUCCAAAUGCCGCCUAUUCAAGAUUAUCCGAUAAAAUGAUAUAUGCUGGGUCCAAAGUAAUCCCAGAUGUUAUGGUAAAUAUGGAACUAUGGAUACCACCCCAACUAGAUACAAUGUCUCUUUUAAAUAAAUACAACGUUAAAGAAGUUGGUUCAAUUGCUCCACCAGGAAGAUUUGGAUGGUUUGUUCCAGAAAGUCUUGCCAAGCCAGAAGACAACUGGCAGAUUUUAACAAAACUAGAUUCAGCUUCACGUUUCGUCCUCGAUGAUGAUAACUCUGAAAUGAUAAAAAGUUCUCUAAUUAAUCCGAAAACCAAUGAAUUUUAUUGUGAACUCGAUUUUUGUCAAAAUGGAAUGUACAUUCCCAAGCAGUGCGAAGAUAAGAUUAAAAAUUGCGCCACGCUUCUCGCUGAAAAUCCAGAUGUUACCUCAUUUGUCAAAAGUCACAUCGACCAGCUAAAGUUGUAUGUGAAAGUUGCUUGGGUUGGACCAAACCUCAAGAAUCUGACAAAACAAUUGACAAAGUCAGUUGAAAAUAUUUCUAACACUUCCAAUAAAGCGAUAAUCAUUCUCCACUGGACACCUAGUAAAAUAAUACCUAAUGAGAGAGAAUUCGUUUCUAUUGAAUUUCCCAGAUGCGGCACCAAAUCCGACAAUUUUGGAUGUGAAUACGAAUCUAAUAAGUUGAUAAAAUUAGUUUGGGACCACCUCGAAAUUAUAGCAAAAUUUGCAUAUGAUGCUAUAAAAAAAGCAACUUUUACUCGAACCAUGUACGAAGAUUUGAUAAAUCGUUACAGAUCUCAAUCUGAUGAAGAAAUAGUAGCGUGUGAUUGGUUGAGAGAUAAUUUAAAGUAUGCCUUAACUUGGAAACCCAAAAGUGAGACUAUGAAUAGCCUCAUUAUAGGUGGCAUAUUCCCAAUGACAGGUGAUUUUUAUUCUGCCAAAUCUAUUGUCAUUUCAGCAAGAAUGGCAAGAGAGGCUAUCAAUUCAAACAAAUCAGUUCUCAGAGAUUACAAUCUUGAGCUAAGGGCUGGUGAUGGCCAAUGCAAGUCCGAUAUGGUAAUGAAAACUUACAUUGAUUACAUUAUUCAUAAUAUUUAUGAAAAAUUGAUUGGGAUUGUUGGUCCAGCAUGUUCGGAAACAGUGGAACCUCUAAUUGGAGUUUCUAAACACUAUAAAAGUGUUAUCGUCAGCUAUGGUGCUGAAGGAUCAAGUUUUAGCGACAGAAGUCGGUAUCCUUACUUUUUCAGGACAAUUGGGGAAAACCGACAGUACAAGUAUGUUUAUUUGGACCUUUUCAAGCAAUUUGGGUGGAACAGAAUUGCAGCAUUAACUGCAGAUGGUGAAAAAUAUACGGAGUAUUUGUCGUACAUGCAUGAUUUGUUGAGGGACAAUGGUAUCAGUUUGAUUGCUAAUAUAAAGUUUCCGAAAGAACGAGAAUUAGAUGUCAUCGCUAAGUAUUUGCAUGAUCUCAAACAGAAACGGGCUCGUAUCAUUAUUGCUGAUGUGAAUGACCAAGUUGCUCGGCAAGUUUUGUGUGAAGCGUACAAACUGGAGAUGUCUGCCGAACAGGGUUAUGUAUGGUUUCUUCCUCUUUGGCUGCAUCCCGAUUGGUAUGAUGCGGACUUGUACAAUAAAAACAGCAGUUCUAAAAUUCCCUGCACUAAAGCAGAAAUGAAAAAGGCUAUUGAUGGUCAUUUUGCAAUUUCUCACGCAUAUUAUGCGCCAGACAAUGACUUAAUGCAAGAAGGAAUUACAGUCAAAGAAUGGCGACAAAAGUACGAAGAACGCUGUUCUUCUCUGAAUCAACAAGUUUCAGCUUAUGCAGGUUACACCUACGAUGCAAUGUGGACAUUAGCAUUAGGAAUGGAUCGGCUACUCCAGGAAAAUCAGAGUUAUGUCUUUGAUCUUCAUUCUGAUCAUACAGCAACCAGACUCACUGACAUCAUUUCUCAAACCGAUUUCUAUGGGGUAUCUGGUCAUAUUAAAUUUAUAGGUGGGCCUUCAAGGUAUUCAGUGAUAAACGUUGUCCAACGCAUAAGCGAUGAAUUUCACGACGUGGGUAAAUUUUACCCAAAUGUCACAGAAAAGAGAAAUGCGGGUGGUCAACUGAUUUUGAAUAUGUCUGCAAUAGUUUGGUUGAGCAAAAGUAUGCCUGAUGACGGAUCUGAGCCGCCGACAAAAUGUGUUCUCUCAGGAUUUGCUGAACUUUUAGAUGUUUCUUGUGAAGGUGCAAUUAUAACUGCUAAUGUUAUCGGAUUUGGAUUCCUUGGAAUAAUUCUCGUGAUUGGCUUUAUAAUAGUAAAAAGAAAAUACGACAAAAAGAUGCAAUUGCAAGAAAAAUAUAUGAAGUCUCUCGGCAUAGACCUUCUCCAACCCGACUCUUCCGGUUUCGAUAAAUGGGAAAUCCCUCGUGACAAAGUUGUAAUAAAUCGAAAAAUUGGAGAGGGAGCUUUUGGUACAGUCUAUGGAGGAGAGGCUUUUUUCACUGAAAAGGGUUGGUUAGCCGUGGCAGUCAAGACUUUAAAAGUUGGUAGUUCAACAGACGAGAAACUUGAUUUUCUCAGUGAAGUGGAGGUGAUGAAAAGAUUUGAGCACAAAAAUAUCAUAAAACUGCUCGCUGUCUGUAUUAAGUGCGAGCCAGUUUUAACUGUGAUGGAAUUUAUGCUUUAUGGCGACUUGAAGACUUAUUUGCUCGCUCGAAGGCAUCUCGUGAAUGAUCAAAGCUAUGAAGAUUCCGACGAGAUUUCGAAUAAAAAAUUGACUGCUAUGGCUUUGGAUGUUGCUAGAGCACUUAGUUAUUUAGCUGAACUCAAAUAUGUUCACAGAGAUAUAGCUUCUCGAAAUUGUCUGAUAAAUGCCCAACGCAUAGUAAAAUUGGGUGACUUUGGAAUGACAAGGCCGAUGUAUGAGAACGACUAUUAUAAAUUUAAUAGAAAAGGGAUGCUCCCAGUGCGAUGGAUGGCGCCAGAAUCGUUGGGUCUUGGGAUUUUUACACCAGCUUCUGACGUUUGGUCGUAUGGUGUUCUCUUAUACGAAAUUAUCACAUUUGGUAGUUUUCCUUUUCAAGGAAUGAGUAAUAAUCAAGUGCUUGAUCAUGUGAAAGCUGGAAAUUCUCUAGCUAUUCCAAAAGGACUUAAGCCGCAAUUGGAAGGUCUCAUUCGUUCAUGCUGGACGGUGGAUCAUACAAAAAGACCUACUGCACCAGAAAUAGUCGAAUUCUUAGCUACCAACCCACGUCUGCUUUUUCCAUGUUUAGAUGUACCUUUGUCUAGUGUUCAAUUAGAACCCACUGGACAAAUGGCAAUGCAAUUGCCACUAGAUGGUCCAAAAUUUUCUUUUCCUUUGCCUUGGCCACAGCAAAAUUCCAAUUCAAUUUUAAAAUUUUUACAAACAAGCCCUAGCUUAUUGGAUCUAAAUAAUUCAAAUGAUGCAAAUGAGGCGAAUGAUUUAAAUGGGGUUAGCAAUUCCAAAAAGCACGAGCUAGAAAGUACAAAGCCAUUAUUAAAUCAAUCAUCGAGAUACAGAGACAAAAUUAGUGAUGAUACAAAAACGGCAUCAAGAUAUGUGAAUAUACAACCAGGUGUAACACAUUGUUUCAAAAACUCGAGCAACAAUAUAACAGGAGACAUUCAAAUGAAUGAAAGAAGACCUGAAGCGUCAAUAUCUAGUGACUUCAAUGCAAUUUCCUUACUUUGAAAAAUUUUAAGUUCUAAUUCUUUAUUCUGAACUAUAAUUUAUGGAUGUACUUAGAUCAACAUCCUCUCGAUGUAAAAAGCAUUUAUAUAGAUGUCCUGUGAUAAUGAGAGUUGGAUGCAUGAUAAGACACCAAACAUUUUAUACUUAUACCCUGUUAUCAAUUUUUAAUGGAAAGACAUGAUUCUUGCUACAUAGAUGAUGCUGUCAACAUCACUGGUAUACAAUAGCUCGGUCAUAAAUAAGGCACGAUGAUUCAAAACCAAAAAAUAUUACAUGAAAAACUUUUUUAACAAAUUAAACAUUGUUACCAAUUUCGCACAUUGAAUUCAACUCGUGCUACGACCUAGGAAAAUUGUAGCAAAAAUCUCAAGUUGAGGGGUCUAUGUUUCUGUUGUUGGUUUAUGUUUCUGGUACCAAUAAAGAUUUUUAAAAGUUUGUCGGAUUAAAUUAAACAUAAUAUUUCAUCGUCUGAGUCCUGUGAAUUUUAGAUGAGUCUCUUCAUUUUCCACUGAGUUAUCGUAUGUCAUUUACUUGAUUUACUUAUUUUUUAACCUCAUCGUAAAAAUAAGAAUGUUCUUUAACGCUCCUUAAUUAUGCAUCACGAGGCUGAUAUGAAAAUGUGUGCUUUUAUAAACGAGUACCAAGUGUAUCGAUUGCGGUACCAUGACAUUUUUUAAUAUUUAUAAUAAUGUACCAAUGUUAAUUUUACUGAAAUAUUUCUCUCGAGAGUUUAUGUAUCUGGAUCUUUCAUCUGUAUUAGGGUAGCAACCAAAUUUUAAUUAAAAAUAGUCCUGCUGUUUCGUAAGUAAAGCAACAAAUUUAAUUUUUGGAAUUUAAAAACAUUUUCCUUUAGUUCGAUUUUUACGCCUUGGACCUCAGACAAGUAUCUUUUUGAAUUCUAAAUUAAAAUUAUUUCUUGAAAAAAAGAUCCUACUCCAUUUUCACUCCAUUGGGAAUCGAACCACAAAACUUCUGAUUUUCGGUCAGGUGCU